AUGAUGGGACCUGUACAUCUGACUCCCAGAGAGAAGAAACGGGUAUACUGCUCGAACUUCGUUGAGUUCCAGAAGGAUCUGGAGCUGUUCUAUCAACAAGACUCCAUUGACGAGGGACCAACCAAAGACAAAGAUCUGUCUGUAAACGAUCGUAUCGCGCUGAAGACUAUGGACCAAACCCUUUGUUUCCGCGAUGGUCAUCAUAUGUUAGCCCUACCUUGGAGAACUCACCCAUCAGUCCUUCCGAAUAACAAGCUAUGCGCCUUACAGCGCCUCCGACUGCUCGGUAAACGGCUCGUAAAAUCGGAGGACUUGUUGCAAAUGUACACGAAAACUAUGAAUGACUACAUUGAGUCUGGAUAUGCUGAAGAGGUUCCGGUCAAGGAUGCAGCCUAUUCUUGGUACCUUCCUCAUCAUCCCGUUUUCCACCCAGCCAAGCCAAAUAGGAUACGUGUGGUCUUUGACUGCGCAGCUAAAUUCUACGGAAUCUCCCUAAACGAUCAACUACUCUCCGGACCUGAUAUGACCAAUUCGCUAAUCGGGGUACUUUUGAGAUUCAGACAGGAGAAAGUCGCCAUCAUGGCCGAUAUUGAAUCGAUGUUCCAUCAAGUUCGGGUGCCUGAGAUAGACCGUGACGUUUUAAGAUUUCUCUGGUGGACGAAUGGCGACUUAUCGCAACCACCGAAAGAAUUCCGAAUGACCGUACAUUUGUUUGGAGCUACAUCCUCUCCCAGUUGUGCAACCUUCGCGCUAAACAGAGCCAUCACUGACAGUGCGGAAAGCUACGAUAAAGAUGUCCUCGAGGAGGCGAAAAGAUGCUUCUAUGUGGAUGAUUGUUUGGUCAGUGUGCGAAAUGAGAACGAGGCACUCCGGUUUUCACAGCAGCUAAGGUCAAUGUUAUGCAAGGGGGGCUUCAAACUGCACAAAUGGAAGAGCAACAGUGUCACUUUAAUGACGUCCAUACCCGAGUCGGAACAGGCCACUACUUCUAUAGAGCUGGGUCGUCGGGAUCCCGCAAUGCACCUAGCACUCGGGGUGGGUUGGGACCUUGAACGAGACGAAUUUCGCUUCUUUGUGCGUCCCAUGACCAAACAGUUCACUAGGAGGAACAUACUUUCACAUGUUUCGUCUUUCUUUGAUCCGAUGGGAUACAUUACCCCAGUGACGAUACUCGCAAAAAAGGUCCUGCAAAAUUUAUGUAAACGCAAAGUAGGUUGGGACGAAGAGAUAUGUGGUGAAGAGUGGACAUUGUGGAGAAAGUGGUUAAAUACAAUGCCUAACCUUGAACACUUCUCCGUACCCCGAUGCAUCAGGCCAGAGGAGGCGAAACAAAACUAUGAUUUUCAACUCCAUGUCUUUAGUGACGCCUCGGAAACCGCUUACGGCGCAGUUGCCUACAUGGUCGUGGGAGGCAAAAGCGAAACAACGCUAUCUCGGUUAAUAUUUUCUAAGGCCAGAAUCGCCCCUAUUCGCGCGACUAGUAUACCACGCCUGGAGCUAAUGGCAGCUGUGGUAGCUGUUAAGAUAGCCAGGUUGAUCCGCACAGAAAUGAGCGUGAAGAUUUCAACAAUAUUCUACUGUACAGACUCUCUUGUGGUGCUCCAAAGCAUUCGCAACACUUCGAAACGUUUUCCCACCUUCUUCUCCAAUCGCUUAUCACUUAUACACGAUCUCUCUAGUCCAGACGAAUGGCGUUACAUCGAAUCCCGGCGGAAUCCCGCCGACCUGCUAUCCCGUGGUGUCUUUGCGGACGAAACAAAUAAGCUAUAA